AUGGAAUCGCACCUUGGCUCGGGCGCAGGCCAGAGCAUCGAGUCGGCGUACAUACUCGGACGGCUGCUCACACACCGACUGUUCUCCAUGGAGCGAAUUCCGGAGAUUCUACGCAUCUACCAGAGCAUUCGUUUGCCGUACGGGCACACGAUCGUCCGGCGAGCUCAAGAUACGGGCCGACACUGCGAAUUCAACUUUCCGGGCGAGUACGACGGCAGCGAGUGCGCUGAUGAACGCGAACGGUUGGAGGCGUUGGGUCGGAAGCUGGCAGAUCAGUGGUCGUGGCAGUGGCGGGAGUCGUUUGAUGAACAGUGGGACGUUGCGGAGGGGGCUCUUGAGCAGUUCUUGCAUGCCGACGCGCAGAAAGGCGCAAACGGGGUAAACGUCCGCCAGGGUUAG